AUGGCGUCAAGGAGCGAUGGGAAUAAAGUUUGCUGUUAUGCUCAUCCAGACGCUCCACUUAUAGAAGAUUAUAGAGCUGGUGAUCAAAUAUGCUCCGAAUGUGGCUUGGUUGUAGGAGAUAGGGUAAUAGAUGUAGGGUCUGAAUGGAGAACUUUUAGUAAUGAAAAAGCCGGAACGGAUCCAUCUCGUGUGGGUGGUCCUGAAAAUCCAUUAUUAAAUGGAUCUGAUUUGUGCACAAUGAUAGGGCCUGGAAGGGGUGAUGCUUCAUUCGAUGGAUUAGGAGUUUCAAAAUAUCAAAACAGAAGAACUAUGAGUAGUUCUGACAGAGCUCUAAUAAAUGCUUUUAGAGAAAUUAAUGCUAUGGCUGAUAGAAUAAAUUUACCUAAAACAAUUGUUGAUAGAGCAAACAACUUAUUUAAACAAGUUCACGAUGGUAAAAACUUAAAGGGUAGAGCCAAUGAUGCCAUCGCUUCAGCUGCUUUGUAUAUUGCAUGCAGGCAAGAAGGAGUUCCUAGAACAUUUAAGGAAAUAUGUGCUGUGAGUAAAAUUAGUAAGAAAGAAAUAGGUCGAUGUUUCAAGUUAAUUUUGAAGGCCUUAGAAACUAGCGUGGAUCUUAUUACUACUGGAGAUUUCAUGUCAAGAUUUUGUUCCAAUUUGGGUCUUCCUAAUAUGGUUCAAAGGGCUGCAACACAUAUUGCUAGAAAAGCUGUGGAAUUAGAUAUAGUUCCUGGUCGUUCUCCUAUUUCAGUUGCUGCUGCUGCUAUUUAUAUGGCAUCACAAGCAUCUGAUGAUAAGAGAGUUCAAAAAGAAAUAGGUGAUAUAGCAGGAGUUGCUGAUGUAACAAUAAGACAAUCUUACAAAUUAAUGUAUCCACAUGCUACAAAACUUUUCCCUGAAGAUUUUCAAUUCAGCACUCCUAUUGAAGAAUUACCUCAAAUGUAA